ACACAGCACACACAUGUGCUGCAUGAUCUUGCAGUGACAGGAUUGAUCAUUUACUGGCUAUUGGGAAAGCAGCAGAGAACCUUGGAGCCACUAUUAACCACCAAGAGCAGCAUUUGCUCGCACUUUGUACAAAAUGGAGAAGUUAACAGGCACGCUGGCUCUGGCUGUGUUCACAGCUGCACUAGGCUCUCUACAGAUAGGAUACAGCCUGGGUGUCAUCAAUGCCCCACAGAAGGUCAUUGAGAAGCACUAUGCCAAGUCUCUAGGUGUAUAUAAUAAAAAACUGACCUGGAGUGAUGGAGGCAACUUUACAGAACAUGAAAAUCAAACUCAUCCCUCUGUGGUCAUGUACUGGUCACUCUCUGUUGCUGUCUUCUCCAUUGGAGGCAUGGUGUCCUCCUUUCUAGUGGGUUUUGUCAGUGACUUCCGUGGAAGGAUCAAAGGCAUGCUGGCUAUAAACCUUCUAGCCAUAACAGCAGGGCUGCUAAUGGGCCUGGCAAAGAUGGGCACACCUCACCUAAUGGUGAUAGCAGGACGUGCUAUCAUGGGACUGUACUGUGGCUUGACAUCUGGUCUUGUGCCCAUGUACAUUGGAGAGAUUUCUCCAGUGAAGUACAGAGGGGCUUUGGGAACACUCCACCAGCUGGCUCUUGUAAUUGGCAUACUUCUUAGCCAAGUCAUUGGUCUGGAGUUCCUGCUAGGAAAUGAUGACAUGUGGCCUGUGUUGCUGGGUCUAUCUGGUGCUCCAGCCAUCCUGCAGUGUCUACUGCUACUUCUGUGUCCAGAGAGCCCUCGUUACCUCUACAUCAAACUGGGCAAAAAGGAAGAGGCAUGCAAGAGUUUGAAAAGGCUAAAAGGGGAUUACGACAACUCAAAGGACAUAGCAGAGAUGCAGGCAGAGAAGGAGGAGGCCAUGAAAGAGGCCAAAGUGUCCAUCCUGAGGCUGCUCCGUGCCUCUGUAUAUCGGCGGCAGCUCUUUGUGGCCCUGAUGAUGCAUUUAUCCCAGCAGUUCUCUGGGAUUAACGCUAUUUUUUAUUACUCAACUUCGAUCUUCCAGACAGCAGGGGUCGGUCAGCCUGUGUAUGCCACUAUUGGAGUGGGAGUUAUAAACAUCAUUUUCACCCUUGUGUCGGUGGUUUUGGUGGACAGGGCAGGCAGGAGAACCCUCACUUUGAUUGGAUUAGGAGGAAUGUGUUGCUGUGCUGUGGCCAUGACUGUGGGCCUGGCCUUUCAGGAGGCUUAUUCAUGGAUGAGCUACCUCAGCAUGGCGGCCAUAUUCCUGUUUGUGUCUUUCUUUGAAAUCGGACCAGGACCAAUCCCGUGGUUCAUUGUUGCUGAGCUCUUCAGUCAGGGGCCACGUCCAGCAGCCAUUGCAUUAGCUGGAUGCUUCAACUGGACAAGCAAUUUCAUUAUUGGCAUGUUUUUCCCUUAUUUAGAGGAGGUUUGUGGGAGCUAUGUCUUCAUCAUUUUUGCAGUACUCCUCUUUGGUUUCACCAUUUUCAUCUACUUACAUGUACCUGAAACAAAGGGGAAGACUUUUGAGGAGAUAGCAGCUGUCUUCCAGCACAAACGAGGAGCCUCCCCAUCCAAAUCCCAAGUUGAGACUGAGAUGGUGCAGCUCAAGAGCUCUGCAGAGGCCUGAGCGGGCCUUUAGACAAAACUAGAUUCUUAUGGAAACUGGAGGGAAUGAAGGAUGUUACUGCUUUCACAGAACUCACCUGUUAGGAGAGAGAAUUCAUAGGGCCUCAUAAUAAGAGCUCGUCUAGAAACAGGAAAACAGAUUAUCUAAACACAACAGCAUAAUUAUUAGAGGUUGCACAACAUGAACAACAUAGACUUGACCUUUGUGCAUCUUGUGUUGAAUUUAUGGAGACAUAUGGAUUAGAUAAAUAUUUUAUAUUUUCAAUGUUAUACAUCUGUUAAAUACUGUAAAACACAAUUUUAACUUUAGUAAUUAUAUUGAAAUAUAUGAAUUUUAAAAUCGGAGCAUACCAUCUUAUGUGGUCCCUAAUGAUGCAAAAGUGCAGAAGUUUAAACUUUGUGGUGUUUGGAUGUGUAAUAUGAAAGAUUAUAGAAACCUUGAUAAAUUACAUAAUGUGAGAAUUAUAUGAGGGAUAUUUAAAAUUAAGCUAUAUGGGAACAUUGGCUACAGUUAUUUUGUGCAGUGAGAUAUUGUUCCAUUUCAGGAUUACAAUUUGUUGUAUUCUGUGUUUGCCUUUUUUAAAAUGUGAAUACAUAUGGAAAACGAAAAAAGUUUGUUACUGUGUUAUUGUAUUUAUUUUUAA